UGAUGAUAGAGGCGAACGGGCAACAUACCAUGUUACGGUUCCUGACAUUUUCACAGAUGUUGGACGACUUAGCGGAAAAUCAAAGGACCGUCGACUUACUGAGCAGGAGCGCAGUCAUUUGCAAACAUAUUUGCUCACCAACUGCGAAGAUGUUCUUCAAUAUGAGAGGAUUUUCAUGGCAGAAAAGCGGUUCGAAUAUAGAUACGCUACAGAGGCAGAACUAGAAGAAAUGAAGCAAAGAGAAUUUGCUGGAUGGAUGUUUACUUAUGUGUCUGCUGGUUUGGCCAGAGGUGAAACAUUUGACGAUUGGAUACGCGAGAUGGUGGUUGGACCAAACUAUGUUGUGAAGUCAUAUCCGAGAUUUUGUACUCGAGGAUAUGCAUUCACAACUGAAAAGACGAAACGUUCGCGUACGACCUAUGAUGCUGGCGUUUGUUCUGCAUCGGGAGAUGAUGUAUACUACGGACACAUACAUGAGAUUUUGGAAAUCAAGUAUUUGGGCUUGCUUGGAUUGCGCUGUACUGUUUUCUAUUGUGAUUGGCACGACAUCACUCCAGAUCGAGGUGUGAGAACAGAUGCAUUUGGUGUUACAUCAGUUAAUUCGAGACGAAAGCUGCAAUAUUAUGAUCCUUUCAUUCUUGCUUCUCAGGCCGAUCAGGUAAGUAAAUGUUAAUUAUUCAGAAUGAUUGGUCAUCAUGUGUAAUAAUUUAAACUUGUACUAAAAAUUUUAAAAUGUUACAGGUUUGUUAUAUCAAGUACCCCCGGAUAAGGAACAGAGAUGAUCCAUGGGUUACUGU